AUGGCUACCGAUCAAGAAUUGGCCACUGCGCUUAAGGUGCAGGGCAACAAGGCCUUUGCUGAGCAUGACUGGCCUGUCGCUGUCGACUUUUAUACCCAGGCUAUUGCCAAAUUCGACAAGGAUCCUUCUUUCUUCUCCAACCGGGCCCAGGCUCAGAUUAAGCUCGAAGCCUUCGGUUUUGCUAUCGCCGACGCCACCAAGGCAAUCGAAUUGGAUCCCAACUAUGUGAAGGCCUACUGGAGACGUGCUCUCGCCAAUACCGCCAUUCUAAGUUACAAGGAGGCCUUGAAGGAUUUCAAGGCUGUGGUGAGACGCGAACCGGCCAACCAGAAUGCUAAGCUGAAGGCUGCUGAGUGUGAGAAGCUCGUGCGCCGCAGAGAGUUUGAGCGGGCCAUUGAGAUCUCAGAUCCGCCUUCGGCUUUUGCGGAUUUGGAUAUCGAUGCUAUCAAUGUUGAGGACGGUUAUGAUGGUGUGCGCCUUGGCGAGGAAAUGACGCAGGAGUUCCUCGAUGAUAUGGUCCAGCGCUUUAAGGACGGAAAGAAUAUUCAUCGCAAAUAUGUCUUCCAGAUCAUCAAGGCUGUCAAGGAUAUCGUAUACAACGAGCCUACGAUGGUCGAAAUUGGGGUGGAAUCGGGCAAGAAGUUGACAGUCUGCGGUGAUACACACGGCCAAUUCUUCGAUUUGCUCAAUAUCUUCCGACUAAAUGGUGCCCCCUCCGAUACCCACGCCUACCUCUUCAACGGUGACUUUGUUGACCGUGGCUCCUGGUCCUGCGAAGUCGCUCUGCUGCUUUAUGCAUACAAGUGGUUGCGUCCUAACGGUCUCUUCCUUAACCGUGGAAACCACGAGACGGAUGAUAUGAAUAAGGUCUACGGCUUCGAAGGCGAGUGCAAGGCUAAAUAUAACGAGCGGGUCUUCAAGGUAUUCUCCGAGUCAUUCUCGGCUCUGCCGCUGGCCACUUUGAUCGGCGAGAAGUACCUUGUCCUGCACGGCGGUCUCUUCUCCGACGACAAGAUCAAGUUAGAUGAUAUCCGCAAGCUCAACCGCCAUAACCAACGACAGCCUGGCCAAGCGGGCCUGAUGAUGGAGAUGCUCUGGACCGACCCGCAGCCCGAGGUUGGCCGCGGCCCCAGCAAGCGUGGCGUCGGUCUUCAAUUUGGCCCUGAUGUGACCAAGCGCUUCUGUGAAAACAAUGGCCUGGAGGCUAUCAUUCGCUCCCACGAGGUGCGGAUGGGCGGUUACGACGUUGAACACGAUGGUCGUUGCAUCACCGUCUUCUCCGCUCCCAGAUACUGCGACGCGACUGAAAAUAAGGGCGCUUACAUCAACAUCGGCCCUGAACUCAAACUUGCAUAUGAAGUCUUUGGGGCAUCGCCACACCCCGAUAUCAAGCCGAUGGCGUACGCGAAUAACUCUAUUCUUUCGGGAAUGUGA